CCACGUUGACUACAAUCGUCAAGCGAAAAACCAGUAUCGAUUGCCCCAUCAUCUCUUUGAGGGAUCGAGCGAGCGAGAGAGAGAGAGAGAGAGAGAGAGAGAGAGAGAGACGAGGUCGUGAGGAAGAUCAUCAAAGCGAAGAACCAUGGCCAGCCUUUACAAAGGUGCAACUAGGAAAGACAAUCCCAAAGGGCGUCAUCAUGGUUUAACUCAACAGAAGAGGCAAGAGAUAAAGGAAGCAUUUGAGCUCUUCGACACUGAUGGGUCAGGCACUAUCGAUGCCAAAGAGCUCAACGUCGCAAUGAGGGCAUUGGGCUUUGAAAUGACAGCAGAGCAAAUCAUACAAAUGAUUGCAGAUGUAGACAAGGAUGGCAGUGGUGCAAUUGAUUUUGAUGAAUUUGUGCAUAUGAUGACUGCCAAGAUUGGAGAAAGAGACAGCAAAGAAGAGCUUAUGAAAGCAUUCCACGUCAUUGACCAAGAUAAAAACGGAAAGAUAUCUGCCGCGGACAUUCAGCGAAUUGCAAAGGAGUUGGGUGAGAGCUUCACUGAUAAGGACAUUCAAGAGAUGAUCGAGGAAGCAGAUCGUGAUCGUGAUGGAGAGGUAAGUGUGGAGGACUUUAUGCGGAUGAUGAGGAGAACUUCCUAUGGGUAUUAAAAUUAUACUUUUAUUAGCCUGUGAAGACAGACGCUACUGCUUUUGCUCAUCCUCUCUAUCGUAGUAGGUGGAGUACUGGGAUCCACAUUAGAGUAUCAAAACAAUAAUUAAUGACUUUGUUCUUUUGGUGAAA